AUGCUUGAGAAUAUAUUCAUUGUUCAUAAUUCAGGUGUAACUUCUGCAGAAGAGCUAGCCGAAAAAUACCAAAAAUUAUUUUCGGAAUAUUCACGGAUCAAAGCUCAACAAUCAAUACUUAAGAAGGCUGUUAUUAAGGAACAAGCAGAUAAUGCGUCAUUAAAGGAAGAACGUAGAUCUAAAGAACAAGAAUUGCGAUCAUCUUUAGAACAAUUAGAUCUUUUGACACUUCAUAAUCAACGUUUAACAAGACGUAUUGAAAGUUUGCAAGAUUCAAGCGGUUCGAGGAUAUCGUCUGGUUGGUUUUUGGGUUCCGCAAAAAAAGAGCUUGAACAAUUAAAAUCUAAUUUGGAAGCUGCUACAGUAGAGCUUCAAAGAAAGAUUGAAGAAAAUGAAUUUAUGAGAUCACAACAUGCAUCUGAAGAAGCUAUAAAUGUUUUGGGAAGAGAAAAACAUGAACUUCAUAAUGAAGUUGAUAAAAUAAGAGCUGAAUUAAACAUGACGAAAUCAUUAAUGAUAAAGAAUGAACAAAAAAUUAAAGACGGUGAUAAUGGUUUACGAUGUGAAAUGGAUACACUUAGAGAUAUUCUAUCACUCCAUCUAGGUUUAUCCGAUGACAAUAAAUUUGAUCAAUUUGAAUAUGAUUCGGAAUUUAGUGAGAUAAUUGCAAGUUAUAAACAGUUACAAUCUAGCGCACGAAAUUAUUUACAGACUCUUGGAGAUAAUUCUGAUGAAGUAAAUGAAUUAGCUACAAAAGUUAAAAAAGCAAGUCAGCUAUGGCAACAAAAUUUACAGAUUUUGGCUAUAAAAUUAAAAUCUGCACAAAAAUUUGAAAACAGUAAAUUAAAAAAUGAACAAAAGGUGAGAGAAGCCAAAGAAAUUGAUUCAAAUAAAAAAAUCAUAUCAUUAGAAUUUGAAAAUAGUAGAUUGAAGAGCGAGUUAGAAAAUCAAGAGUUGAAAGAAGAAGCCAGAGAAAAUGAAAAUUAUAAAUUAAAGGAGGAAUUGGAAAAACAAAAGUCGAUACAAGAAGAUAAAGAAAUUGAUCUAAAUGAAAAGAUUGUAUCUUUGGAAUCUGAAAAUGGUAUAUUAGAGGAAAAGUUGGAAAAACAAAAGUUGAAUGAAGAAGAUAAAGAAACUGUUUCAAUUGAAAUUGCAUCUUUAGAAGCUGAAAAUAAUAAAUUAAAAGAAGAAUUGGAAAAACAAAAGAUGGAAGAAGAAGCUAAUUCUAAUACUAUUGCAUCUUUAGAAGCUGAAAAUAAUAAAUUAAAAGAAGAAUUGGAAAAACAAAAGAUGGACGAAGAAGCUAAUUCUAAUACUAUCACAUCUUUAGAAGCUGAAAUUAAUAAAUUAAGAGAAGAUUUGGAAAAACAAAAGAUGGAAGGUGAUAAAGAAGUUGAUUUAAAUGAAAAGAUCGCAUCUUUAGAAGCUGACAAUAAGUCCGAAAUUAGUAAAUUAAAAGAAGAAUCGGAGAAACAAAAGUUGAAUGAAGAAGCUAAUUCUAAUAUGAUUGUAUCUUUAAAAGCUGAAAAUAACAAACUAAAGGAAGAAUUUGAAAAACAAAUAGUAAAAGAAGAUAAAGAAGUUGAUUCAAAUAAAAUCAUAUCUUUAGAAGCCGAAAACAGUAAAUUAAAAGAAGAAUUGGAAAAACAAAGGAUGGGUGAAGAAGAUAAAGAGACUAGCUUAAAUGAAAAAAUCACAUCUUUGGAAGCUGAAAUUAAUCAAUUAAAGGAAGAAUUGGAAAAACAAAAAUUGAAUGAAGAAACUAAUUCUAAUACAAUUGUACCUUUAGAGUCUGAAAUUAAUCGAUUAAAGGAAGAAUUGGAAAAACAAAAGUUGAAUGAAGAAGCUAAUUCUAAUAAAAUCACAGCUUUAGAAACUGAAAAUAGUAAAUUAAAAGAAGAAUUGGAAAAGCAAAUGAUGGGUGAAGAAGAUAAAGAAACUGGUUUAAAUAAAAAAAUCACAUCUUUGGAAACUGAAAUUAAUGAAUUAAAGGAAGAAUUGGAAAAACAAAAGUUGAACGAAGAAGCUAAUUCUAAUAAAAUUGCAUCUUUAGAAGCUGAAAAUAGUAAAUUAAAAGAAGAAUUGGAAAAACAAAGGAUGGGCGAAGAAGACAAAGAAACUGGUUUAAAAAAAAAAAUCACAUCUUUGGAAGCUGAAAUUCAUAAAUUAAAGGAAGAAUCGGAAAAACAAAAGGUGACGGAAUCAGAAAAACAAAGGGUGAUAGAAGAUAAAGAAUUCAAUCUAAAUGAAAAGAUUGUAUCUUUGGAGGAUGAAAAUCAUAAAUUAAAGGAAGAAUCGAAAAAACAAAGGGCGGCAAACGAAAAAGAGAUUGAUUUAAAUGAAACAAUCAAAUCUUUAAAGGAAGAAUUGAAAAUUCAAAAGGAGAUAUCUGAGAAAGAAAUUAAAAAUUUACAAAUUGAAACUAAGAAAAAUUUAGAUAUUAAAGAUAAAUCUAAUGAUACAAGCACCAAUAUAGAGUUAGAAUAUUCUGAUAGUAAAUGUUUAAGAUUAAGUAAUGCCAUAGAAAGUGUCAAAGAAAAAUUAGCCGAGGCAGAAGCUCAUAUAUCAAGUAGUGAAAAAGAAAAAACAGAUUUACGUGAUAAUAUCAAUAGAUUAAAUGAAAAAUUGAAAGAAGAACGUGAAGGUCAUGAAAAACUAGUCAUGAGUUGGGUUGAAGAGCAAAAAAAUAAUAAAAAUAACAAUUAUUAA